GAUCUGUCAGAACAAACAUCUGCUGAAGACACUGACAUCUGAUCUGUCAGAACAAACAUCUGCUGAAGACACUGACAUCUGUCACUCAUACAGGAAGUCCAUUCAACUCAAAGGCAAACAGACGUCUAUCACAACAAUGAUGUCCAUCCUGCUGCUGGCUCUAAUGGUCCCAGUGGUGGUGCAGUCCUCCCUGCAUCCAGUGGACUGUGAUGAGGUCUACAGAUCAGGCUCUGGACAAAACGGGGUCUACACCAUCUACCCUGCCGGACCCACCUCACCUGUCCAGGUGUUCUGUGACAUGGGAUUGGAAAGUGCUUAUCUAGGAAAGUGGACGUUGAUUCAGAGCCGACAGGAUGGAUCAGUGAACUUCCACAGGAAGUGGGAUCAGUACAAGAGUGGUUUUGGGAGCGCAGCUGGAGAGUACUGGCUGGGUCUGGAGACAAUGCAUCUCCUGACUAUGAAAGGAACCUAUGAGCUGAGGGUGGACAUGGAGGACUUUGAGGGGAAGAAGGUCUAUGCUCAGUACUCCUCCUUCUCUGUUGGAUCAGAGGCUGAAGGAUACCUGCUAACACUGGGCUCAUUCAAAGAUGGAGGAGCAGGAGAUUCUCUGGUUUUUCACAAUGGUCAUAAAUUUACAACAUUAGAUAAAGACCAGGACCUUAACGGAGCCAACUGUGCCCAAGUGUACUACGGAGGAUUUUGGCACAACGACUGCCAUUUUGCUAACCCCAAUGGGAUAUAUGCAUGGGGCGAGUCUGCCUAUGGUAUUGGCAUCAACUGGAAAACAUGGAAAGGCUAUACAUACUCCCUGAAAACCAUCACUAUGAAGAUCAGACCAGCCACUGCAUAGAAGUGAAUUAGCUUAACUGAUAACCACCUCUAUUUCUAACACAACUGUACAAUCUGAUUUUUCAAUAACAAUUACUGCCAUACAAACAAU